UCGUCUCCCUCCUCGGCGCCGACGCCCUCUCCCCGCUCGACCAGGACUGCAUCCUCGAGCAAGUGCGGCGGAUGCUGCGGCUGUCGGAGGAGGACGGCAGGGUGGUGGCGGAGUUCCAGGCGAUGCACGCCGCCGCGAGGGAGGCGGGGUUCGGCCGCAUCUUCCGCUCGCCCACGCUGUUCGAGGACAUGGUCAAGUGCAUCCUCCUCUGCAAUUGCCAAUGGACAAGAACAUUGGCAAUGGCUACUGCGCUGUGCGAGCUUCAGUUGGAGUUGAGACAUUCAUCUGGUACUGAAGUUCUUGAGUUAAGGACACCUCCAAUCAGGGAGCUUAAAAGGAAGCGCGGCAAGAAUCGGAAUGUCCGUGUCAAGCUAGAAACAAAGUUUACCGAGUUGGAGUGCUUGGAGGAUCCAAGAGUAGAAACUGCGGAGGAUGCAAGAGUGGCAACUGGUACUAGCGAUGUCAUAACACAUUUGGAAACGGAUGAAAAAUCGGCUAGCUUGCCCCAAGUUGCGCCUGAAACAGGCAGUGCAUGUCAGUCAUUUGAUUCUUCAGAGCUCAGCUUGGAAGGUUGCAUUGGAGAUUUCCCUACUCCGGAAGAAUUGGCGUAUCUGGAUGAAGACUUCUUAGCGAAAUGCUGUAACCUUGGAUAUCGAGCAGAGCGGAUUGUGUUGCUUGCACGCAGCAUUGUGGAAGGAAAGGUAUGCCUACAAAAUCUUGAAGAAAUGCAGAAAAUGUCUUUACCAGCUACAGAAGAGCUAUCUACUAUCCCGUCUACCUAUGAAAGACUGAAUAACGAGUUAACCACUAUCUCCGGAUUCGGCCCUUUCACUCGUGCCAAUGUGCUCAUGUGCAUGGGAUUUUUCCACAUGAUCCCAGCUGAUACCGAGACAAUUAGGCAUUUAAAGCAGUGUCAUAAAAUUGCAAGCACCAUCAAAUCUGUUCAUAUGGAAUUGGAUAAAAUCUACGGCGAGUAUGCUCCAUUUCAGUUCUUAGCAUACUGGUUCGAGCUAUGGGGCUUCUAUGACAAGCAAUUUGGGAAGAUCGCUGAGAUGGAUCCGUCCACAUAUAGGCUAUUUACUGCAAGCGCUUUAAAGAAGCAACAUCGGUUAGUUAGGAAAUAGAGCCUUUCUUUCUUUGUGAAAGGGGCCCUGCCAAAAUCAACUUACAACAUAGAGGAAUUUUGAGAUUGUUGUAGUUGCUGCCUGUUCUAGUAAGCAGAAAGUCCCGUAGCCUAUUUUCCCCUUCAUGAAUGCAUUUCAUACUUUAGGGGAACAGAGUCCUGCAAGUUUUUAGUUUGUAGCAUUCCAGACUGAACUAAUGUGUUAUCAGGUACUUCAAUUAAUUUAGUGGUCAACUUUAAACA